AUGGGCAACAGUCAUGCAGCAGGCACAUAUUGCCGAAGGCCCGCUCACCACGAGAGGGCUAUUGAGAGCUUCACGGAGUUCCAGCCUCCAAGCGACAGUUUCCACAGCAUUGUGACCGACCCUGACAGAUCGAUGUGCCCGGUGAUGGCUCGCGCGAUGACCAACGGAGCUUCGAGGGGGCCUGCCGGUGAUUGGUGUGACCUGGACACCACGGGCUGCAGUCUGACAGACUUGGUGACCGCGCUGGAGGCCUGCACCGCCAUGACGGUUGCAAAGUACCGUGCUGUCUUGAAAAAGCCAAAGGAGUCGAGGGAGGGGCCGCAAGAGAUCAAGAGGUGCGAGGAGGCCCUCAGGAGGGUGGAGAAGCAACUCAGGACCGCGCAGCGGCUGCAGGAGCGGCAGACAUGGCAGGGGGGCGAGGCAGAGACGUGGCUGAACAUGUACAUGGGAAGCCGCAGGAGGGUCAAGAGCCUCAAGAUGAUCGCCACCAGAGUGCAGCUGGAGAACUCGAUCAUCAGGCACUGGAGGAAGCAGAAGCACAGCAACUACCUGAAGGCGCAGUCCUUUCAGGGCAUCCAAGAAGUGCCGAUCGACCAGUGGAACGGUGUAGAUGUCUUCCAGCUGGAGAAAGAGCAUCAGCAACCGCUGACCAGCGUGUUCAUGACCAUCUGGAAGCGACGCGGCCUGGAACAGCUCUGCAGAACACCCGAGGAGAAGGUCGUCGAAUUCAUCCGAUCCAUGGAGUUGGAGUACAACAACAACCUCUACCAUAAUCGCAUCCACGCCGCGGAUGUGACACUGACGGCGUACUAUUUGUGGUCCAAGUUGGCAGCCCAGCAGGGGUGGCAGUACUACUUUGUUGAGGUGGACCUGCUUGUUCUCCUAAUUGCUGCGGCAAUACACGACGUGGGGCACCCUGCUGUGAACAACGAUUUCAUGAUCAAGACCAGGGACGACCUGUCCCUCCGGUACAACGACAGGUCGGUCCUCGAGAACUACCACGUGGCCACCGCGUUCCGGGCGAUGAGGGACAUGGGGAUCAAUUUGCUCGAGCAUAACCUCCCCAGCCCUCCCCUGGGCGCGCUUCGCAUGCGGGUCAUCGACAUGGUGUUGGCGACCGACAUGGAGCUUCACAAGCACACCAUCGGUGCCCUCCAGUCCGAGGUCCAGGGCAACGCGAGGGUGCAAGACACGGACAAGCUGGUUCUGGAGAAAAACAUCCUCCACAUGUCCGACAUCGGCCAUCCCCUCCGGCCCCGCGACCAGCACAUGGAGUGGAGCCGGCGCUGCGUCUCAGAAUUCUUCGACCAGGGCGACCGCGAGAAGGCGCUCCGCCUGCAACCGAUCCAGCUGUUCGACCGCGACAGGGCGCCCUCGCUCGCCAAGGGCCAGCUGGGCUUCCUCAACUUCGUGGUGCUGCCCACCUGGAGGACGAUACGGCUGGUCCUCGGCGACGACGGGGCGGCGGCUCCGGACCAGUGCCUGAGGGAGAACGUGGCCGGCUGGGAGGCGGAGGCCGCGGGCGAGGGCGCGGAGCAGGCCGCGCAGCACCCCCCCGCGGGGCGCACGGCCACGUCGCGCAGCGUGUACGACGUCGUCGCCCUCGCCUCCGCGCGCGGCCGCCCCGGGGGCGGCGCCUGA